CGUUUCUCGACGUGUGUUCAUAUUAAAAUGCAGCAUGCACUCAAAGCAGCUACUGUUUAGCGGCAAUAAACAAACCAGCCCACUUCCCGCACGCAGUGAGUCAGUGACUCAAGAAAAAAAGGAUGCAUGUGUAAUAUCUCCGCCAGCCGCCGUCAAGACAAUGUGUUCCUUUUUGGUCGGCGCCGGAAGUGUUAAUUUCGAUUAUGGAACGUCCGUUUGGCGGCAGCACACUUCCGCUCAGCUGCGGGGGGUGGCCAAGAUGGCGAGGCCUCUAGUUGUUUAAUUAAUAAGACUUUGCAAGGGCGGCCCGUGAUUCACCAACUGCUUCCUUUUGCCCCUGUAAUUGGGGUCAGGGACGAAGGAUAUUUUGUCUAAUUACCUACAAUAUCGAUUCCAAUGAAGAUUGAUAAGAAUAUCGGAUCGGAAUGAAUCAUGAAAUAUUAAUCUGCCCGAGUAGUUUCAAAAGCAAAGUUGAUAAUUUAAUGAAUUUGCUGAUAUUACCUAUGACGAUAGUCGUUAAUGUAUCCGGCCGUGAUUGCGUGCUGCACUCCCACCUUCGAUCGCGCCUCUGCGCCUCCCACAUACUCAAGGAAAGGAAGUCAUUAUGCUGAUUUUAUAGACCUUAGUCAUAUCAAAUCGCAAUGCGAUUGAAUGAAUCACACAGCUCUAGUUAUCGGCCGCAAUCGGGUUUAUUACGUGUGCGAUGCUAGUAUCUGUAUCCUUCGGCUAUCAGCUCUCAAUAAACCAUCCGUAUUUAAUCCCGUCAUUAGUACGGACGCGUGACCCACAUCCGGCGCGACUUCCGGUCCGCGCAUUCAAACUUGGCGGAUGCGAUGGCGGCGGAUUUAACAUAAAUGAUCGGUUUCCUUUCCGCUAACGUACACGAAUGGCGCGCGAUUGUCGACGGCGGAUGCCGGCUUCCGCGGCUUUUUGCUGCAUUAUUUGUACAAUGAUCGAAUUAGGGAGGUGUAUUGGGGAUUGAUACUGAAACCGGAUAGGUGCACAAAAGCGAGCGCCUCUAUUUUCACAUUCGUGUGAUGCUCGCGAUGCCGUCCGCUCACUGCCCGCGCGUGCCGCCGCCGCACGCCGCCGCCGGCUCGUGGGACGCCCUGCCCAUCGACUUCAAGGCGGAGGAUGACCUGCCUGUUGACCCCCGCUGCUGGUCGCGCGGCGACGUGUCCCGCUGGGCGGAGCGGCGCGGCGCGGCCCCCGAGCGGUUCCCCAUGAACGGCAAGGCGCUCUGCCUCAUGAGCGAGGACAUGUUCCGAGCCAGGGAGCCCCAACGAGCCGCCAAGAUGCACCAAGACUUCAGACGGCGGCUGGCGCGGGCGAUGGCUCUCCAAGAUCUGGUGGAGAAGCUGCAGCGUGCCGCCGGCAAAUAAAGCUGUCUGGAGCUCACACGAGUUGUAGACUGUGGCGCCUCAACACUAAUAUGAGAAGAUUGUGUACAGGUGACAGGUGAAAACAUCUCCGUUUGCGUAUAUUAUGGAAAUAUACACUACAAGUUACUGGUUACAAUCUUACAAUGACUACCGGUAUUGUCUAAUAGAAGAUCCAACCAAGAACAACACACAUAUACCUAACUCCUAAAAAAUAUGAAACUUGAUGUGAUUUUUUUUUUAAAUAAUUAAAAGUACAUACUUACUUAAGUUUAAAAUUAAAACUUAUAUACAAGAACAACAAAAUUAUAACCGAAGCUAGCAAAUUUUAUCUGUAAUUAGGUAUUCUCUCAUUCUUAAUUUUUUAUACCUACAUAGAAAAAGUCACAUCAAGAUUUAAAUAAAUUAAUUUAUACACAAUAUGGAGUAAGUAGGUAUACACUAUAAGUAUACUUACCUAAAAUAGCUGCACUUACAUGAAAAUAAUUAUUUUCACAAUAACAUUAUUUCAUUAUGACUAUGUUGCAUUUUGUACGUACUUACACAUAACUUUGACUUAACAAAAUGAGUAGAGCCAUAUUACCCGCAUCUCCCCUGAAUCAUUUUGACAUUUCGAUUCAAAAUGGCGGAUACCGGAAGUGGAUGUGUUUAUAAAUACAUUUUGUUCCUUUUCUUUGCAGCAUUACCUUUUAGUUUAAGUUAAUUCGUAUUGUUUGUAUAUUAUGAUUUUAAGUUUUUGUACAAAACUAAUUUCAAUGUAAUUAAUAAGUGACUAAUUGUAGGUAUAAAACCAACAAAGUUAAUUAUUGAUUUCGUACAGUAUUAGAAAUACCAAGUUUAGAUUUUAAGUGCUAUUAUUAUCAUCAGUUUCUUAUUAUAUUAAGAUUUCUGUGUAAAAAUCUAAUUGUAUCACGGAUAGGCACACUUUAUGAUUGAUUUAUUGAAAGUUAACCAUCCAUUAAAUACUUAAUCAUUAUGUAGCUGUUUGCAAGAAAGCGAGUAUAUACUUUAUUAGCAUGAAUUAUGUUAAUCUUUGGUUAACUUUUAUUGACUUCUCGUAAAUUAAGACUAACUAUAAGAAUGAGGCAUCUAAUUUGUAUUAGUUAUCUAGUCAACAAUAAUAAAUAAGAAUUUUUAAAAGAUAAAA